AUGAUGUUGCAGUGGAGGAUUUUUCACACACUCUGCUCGGCGGGGCGAGAAGCCCCUAAAAGUCUGAAAGCCGGGUUAUUAUUUCCCCACGUGCUGUCAUGUGGACACAGAUUUGUUUGGCACAGGACCAAAACAAGUCUUCCAGAUUCGAGGGAGCGAACUCUGAUUGCUGUGAAGCCGGACGGAGUUCAGCGACGCCUUGUGGGGCAGAUCAUUCAGCGGUUCGAGCAGCGAGGCUUCCGAUUGGUUGGCCUGAAGAUGUUGCAGGCGUCAGAAGACCUCCUGUCGGAGCACUAUUGUCAGCUGAGAUCCAAGCCUUUCUUUCCCAUCCUGCUGCAGUACAUGACCUCAGGACCUGUGGUCGCCAUGGUUUGGGAGGGGCACAAUGUCGUUAAGACUUCUCGAACCAUGGUGGGACACACGAACCCAGCUGAGGCCCAGGCAGGAACCGUCAGAGGAGACUUCAGCACCCACGUCAGCAGGAACGUGGUCCAUGCCAGUGACUCAGUGGAGGGGGCGCAAAGGGAGAUCCAUCUGUGGUUUCAAGCCAAAGACCUGCUGGACUGGGACAGCUGGGACCAAAUGAGCACCAGUGACGUGACGACGAGCAGCGCAAGUUAAUUACUGCCUGUAGCUGCUCAACCGCCUGUCUCUUCUGACAGUGGCUGGAGAACAUUAGAUGAUUCAUCAACAAUUUACCUCAGAAUAAAAACAAUUAUGGCUAUUAGCUAUAUUAAAUUUAAUUGAUUUUUUACUACUGUAGCCUUAUUUUACUAAUAUAUGAAAGCCUCAUGGUAAGUUAAAGACACAAAAUGCAGAAUUAGGACAAAUAAAUAAAAAAAACCCUAAAACAACCAUCCAUCCAUCCAUUAUCUUUU